GCUUGGCUUUUCAGCUUUUAUUUUGCUUACCAAAUAAGAAACAUAUUUGAGUAACUUAGUGACCGAGGUAUAGUAGUAGGCCUUGUUAAUAUGACAAUAGUAUGGCCGCAGUGAUCGAGGCUUUAACAUCAAAUUUAGUUAAUAAUUUUUCUUAUAGUAGUAGGCCAUGUUAGUAAGAACACAGUAUGGGCAUAGUAUGACAAGCACUGACAGUAGCUCCUUCUAAACGUAUAUAUAGAGCCACAUUUGAAAAUUUCCAUACAAUCAGAACUUAACAUUCACAAGACGAGGCAACAAAUCUUAAAAAAAAAAAAGAAAUAUUGCAGAGUUAAAAAAUAAUAAAAAACCAUGCACAAUUUGAUAAAAAGUCGUGCACUCUUCGCGAUCCUAAAGAAUCCUUUGCCGGAUAAUUACUUUGAUGAUAGCGGCGAGGAGUCUGAUACCAAGGAUGUGGUAGCUGGAGGUCUAGUGAAGCUAAGUGCCAGUGCUCCAGAAUUUGUGCCAAGCUUAAUGUCGGAAGAGUUGGCCAAAGAUGAAGAUUAUGUCGGUUUGGCCGAUAUAAGGAACAUCUUCAUGGUGGAGAACGAGCAAAAGAAUGCUAAGCCAACAUUGGCUCUACUGCCAUGGAAAGGAUUUCCAAAGAUCUUUGAGAGAAAUUCUCGCAAUUCUGAGGUAUUGUUAGUUGACGACUCGGACUAUGUAAUUGUCCCGCGCAGCAAGGGAAGGAAAAUAUCAUAUGAAGAAUUAAAACAAAUUGAUACACCGAAAACACCUUUAGACGGCAUGGAAAAUGCUACACAAGACAAAUUGGCUACCAAUGCAUCCAAUGUCCUUCCGGACUUUCCUCCACUUAAUGAUAGGCUUGUGGCUGCCAGGGAGAGACGUCGUGAACAGGAAAGAAAGGUAGCUGUGGAAGCCUUGAAACUGGCUGAACAGCGACGCCUGAGGGGCCCAUUCGUUUCCAUUCCCAAUCCAAACAAUGGGAAACCUGAGAAAGUCCAGCCGGUUGUGCAUCUUUCACGAUUGCCUAUAAGUUUUUCGAAGGAGGAAAGAGUUGUAGUUAAUCGUAUGAGAGUUGCCAAGAAGGAGCGAAUCGAAAAGGCCCUUGUCGAAAUGGCCAAGGAGGAGGAGGACCAAGAGAACUUGCGAUUGGGGAUACAAGAAAGAAACUUAGCACGUGGUCGGUAUCAAAGGAAUUCGACAAAUGAAGAGGAGGUGGCCAUGGCCACCACCAGCGACACCGUGCCCAAAAGAUAUAUACCCACGGCCAAACAAUGGAACGAGAUACGUCGUGCUAGACACUUGGCCAAGAUUGAGGCCGAAAAGGAGAAUAAGAAACCAGCUAAAAACAAGGGAAUUUUAACGAACUUUAAUGAAAACAAUAAUGCGCCAUCACAGAUUAUAAGGAAUGCGAAUCCUGAUGUCCCCACCAAUCGGAACUGGCGUCCACCAACUCAUCCACUCGUAGGGGAGAGACGCAAUGGAAAUAUCACUCAUUAUCGUGAGAUUCCAAAGUGGUCUUUCGGUAAAACUUUUAGAACUCCAAUGAAUAUGUCAAACUUAAAGAUCCCAAAAGUGGUUCAACGUUAUACUAUUGAGGAGUUGCUCCACUUUGAACCGCAACCGGAAGAUCUUGAGGACCCAAAAAUCGAUGUGUCCCUCAAAAAAUUUGGAUUUUUACGCAUCUGAUUUGACGACAAGUUCACUUUUCUUCAUAAUUACACAUGUUUUCAUUUCUUUCGAUUUCGUUACUAAUCACUAUCUUAAACUGAAAAGCAAAUGCCAUAUCUGAAUAAAAAAAUCGUUGUUAACCGUCUAUAAAACUUAAAA